UUCUUUAGCUAUUUACAAUAAUUGUUGUAUGCUAUUCAUAUUCUUCAUUGGAACUAUUUACUGUGGAUCUUCCAUUCCUGGAAAUGUUUGCUGUCUUCCAAACUUAAUUGAUCUUCAUUUUUGUAAGAGUCCACAAGUAUUGGCUUAUUUUCAUAGGUACUUAAAUUAAUCAAGUGGUUUUUUCUUCAAGUAAUCAUUAAUGGUCAUUCUCAUUUUUCUUGCCUUUGUUUGAAAGUGAAGCAUUUUUUUAUCUGUAGAGCCUCAUAGUGCUUCAUACUGGCUCAUAUUUAAAGCUUUAAACGUUGGAAUUGUAUACAUUAACAUAUUGACUUGGCUGCGAAAUAUAAAUUUGUAGGUAGUUUAUAACGAAACGUAUAGUAUUUAAGUUUAUUUUUAAAGUUACUCUGCUGAUAUACUUUUAUGAUUGCAUAUGAUAUAUUCAUUAGUCUUUGUGUUUUUUUUCUAAUUUGACAUAGUCGGUCAUGUACUCAAGGAUGCGUGAAGGUCAGAGAGUUUACUGCUGUUCGAAUCGUCGAAAAUGUCGAAAUAAUAUAGCCUUUUGGUGUUUUGGUCUUGGCAACAAUUUUUCCUAUGUGAUAAUGUUAAGCGCAGCAGUGGAUAUUAUUCGAAGACAGGAAAAUCCUGAAAUCAAGUCUACUUCAAAUAUCGCUGAGAAUCGUAUAAACUGUACACAAAUUGGGACUGGUAGUGUUCUACUGGCUGAUAUACUUCCCAGUAUGCUUUUCAAGUUUAUUGCUCCAAUGUUUAUACACCGGCUUCAUUUUCAUUUUAAAAUCAUUUGUGCCGUUCUCUUGGCUGUCAAUAGUUUCCUGAUGGUCUCUUUCUCGCAGUCCUUUUAUAUGAGUCUUUUAGGCAUUGUAUCUGCAAGUUUAUCAUCAGGAAUAGGAGAUGUUAGUUUUCUAAGCAUGUUAGCAUUCUUCGACAAGUAUUUCUUCAUUCUGAACAGACCUCAUCACUCAAAAUUCAGAUGUGGCAUAAAUUAUACACCUUCUUCAAUUAGUUCCAGAAGACCAAGUCAGGAUCUGAAUACACUAAACGCUGACGAUGCUGCUGAAUUGGUCGAUACGUGCAUGACUGAUUGUUCAUUCCAGCGAAAAAAAUCGAUUGCAUCUGAUUACCUACUUAACCUUCACAAUGUAAAUUGUCUUUCACAACCACCUACUAAUUAUCGAUUUGUUUUUGACAAUAUUGAUGGUAUAUCUGAGGAUGAAAACAAUAGCAAUGCCGCUGUAUUCAUGAAUAAUGAAGGCUAUAUGCAGUUGACAGAUGCAGACGAAUCAAUGUCACCCGCCAUUCCAAGUGUUCUACAACAGUUACAUCCUAAUUGGUUAGUGAAAUUUCAAUUAUUGAAGUUUGAAUUAAUGUACUUUCAAAAUUCACAUCUAACUGCACCAGAACAAUACAGAUGGUACCAAGUACUUUAUCAACUUGGUGUAUUUAUUUCACGAUCAUCUGUCAGCUUUAUUCAUAUUGAAAACACUUGGCUGUUGUCUUUGUUACAGGCUAUAAAUUUUGUGAUAUUUUUAUUACAAGUAAUGUAUGCCUACAUUCCAUAUAUAUGGAUUGUAUUUAUAUUGAUAUUUUAUGAAGGCUGUCUAGGUGGUCUAACCUAUGUGAAUACAUUUUAUAAUAUUAUACAACGCACGAAUACUGUUUAUCGAGAGUAUGCAAUGGCAAUGGCUGCUGUCUCUGAUUCAAUUGGUAUCGCUGGAGCUGGUUUCUUGGCGAUACCACUGCAUAAUUGGCUAUGUAAUCGAAUGAAGUAAAUCUACCCUAUUAGAAUUUGGAAGUGUUAUUCGUUUUGUUAUCAAAAUUCAACUGCCUUUUUUUUUACCUUACUAAUAUUCUUAUAAUGAUUUUUUGAGGAAAAAAACAAAAGAUAUUUUCUAUUCUGUGUUUUUUUUUCUUGAUUUUAUUUGUGAUGUUGAUUAUCUCAAGAGGUGCGCUG